UGACUAAGUUAGUUAUUUCUUUGGAGGAGUUGUUUUUGUUAAACGGCCUUAACGUCUGACUGGAUUGUUUGAUAUCUUUUUAAUUUUGUAAAUUAUUGUUGUUUUAAUUCCUGACUCUUAUAACAAAAGAAUAAUUCUAUUACGCUCAAUAUGGAUAUAGAUGAGUUGAUCCGACACCCUGAAUACAGGAACUAUAUCUGUUGUUUUCACGGAUUUGCAUAUGCUGGAAUUAAACUUGAAGCUUACACGAGGAAUGGUCUUAAAUCAAUACAUAAAGAUGUGUACAGAAAGCUAGCUGGCAAACAACCUUGUACCCAGAGAUGCAGUGAGGUUUAUGGACGAGAAAUAUCUAGUUGGUGUGACACGUGCCGUGCAUGGCAAAAACACCUGUGCAAUGCCAGUAAACUGAAAGAUAUUAACUUCGGCAAGAUGAUGUCGUGGAACUGGCCAACUUCAUAUGAAAGUAUUGCACCAUAUUUCUUGCCACAAUCAUGGCCAUGUCAAAAUUUUCAAGACAUUUCAACAUCGUGUCAUAUUUGGGACAAUUGCAAAAACAUGUUCAUGAUUCGUCCUCAUGUCUUAAAAAAUUUAAGAGAAUGUAGAAAUACCUUUGUCGCACAUAAUCCAAUAUUAAGGGUUACAGAUUUGGAUAAAUUGAAAGUGUUUGAUGCACUGAAAGACCUUUUGAAAGAUCCAGAUGUUAUGGGGCACACCGAUACUCAAAAAUGUUUGUCUGAGCUUGAUAGAAUCGAAAAAGGUGAUAGCAUAUUUGAAGUUUUGAGUAGACAUUCCGACGGCAUCAUGUUAUCCUUAGUAAUAUUCGUAGCAAUAUUUGGAAUUGUUUUGCAAUUAUGGAUUAAUGGACAAAAUAAAGAUUAA